AACACAUCACCCAGGAGAGAUUACAACGAUGCCGGGUUAGAACAACCCAGGCUUUAAAGGGUGUGCUUAUCAAGGAGACGGAAGUGACCCUGGUGAUGUGAGCGGUGAACAUCACACUCUCCUGAUCUGAGCGGAUCCCCCACCCCUACCCACACCCCACACUUCAACCUUUUCACCACCUGCGUGGAGGAAUCAUUUGUACACCUGAAGCCCAGGUGAGCUCAGCACACACAGGCAGUAUGGACUCUCUACACCUGCCACAGCCAACGGCUGCUCAAAACAAUGGCAACAAAGACCACAAUGAGAGCCAUGAAAAUACCAGCAAAGAGGUCAGAGCGAACCAUGCGCACUCUACUGCAGCUUUGGUGGAGGAGAGGCAGGAGGCCGCAGACCCGUGGGACCUGCCAGAGCUGAAAGACACUGGGGUCCCAUGGACAGCUCUGGACACCAAGGGGAAGGUGCUUAGAGUGUUGGUGUCUGUGUUAAAGUUGAUCCUGCUGCUGGGUGGCCUCUACUUGUUCAUCUGCUCUUUGGACAUCCUCAGCUCAGCUUUCCAGCUUGUCGGAGGUAAAGCAGCAGGCGACAUCCUUCAAGACAACACGGUUCUGGCCAACCCCCUUGCUGGUCUGGUCAUUGGUGUUCUGGUUACCCUGCUGGUCCAAAGCUCGUCCACCUCCUCCUCCAUAGUUGUCAGCAUGGUCUCUUCCGGAUUGCUAACGGUCCAGCUGGCUGUCCCUAUCAUCAUGGGGACCAACAUCGGUACCUCUGUCACCAACACACUAGUCGCCAUGACGCAGGCGGGUGACCGCAGCAUCUUCCGCAGGGCCUUUGCAGGGGCCACAGUGCAUGACUUCUUCAACUGGCUCUCUGUGCUGGUGCUGCUGCCUCUGGAAGUCGCCACUGGUUAUUUGUACGUGGUCACCAAGCUCAUCAUUGACUCCUUUAAGAUCGAGAGUGGGGAGGCCCCUGCCCUGUUAAAUGUGAUCACUGAUAUCGUCACUGAGUCAAUCAUACAGUUGGAUGAGUCUGUCAUUAAUGGGAUCGCCACUGGAGACCCAGAAGCCAGAAACAAGAGCCUCAUCAAGAGAUGGUGUGAAACCUUCAUCAACACAACCUUAAUGAACGUCACAGUUCCCGGUCCAGAGAACUGCACAUCUCCACAUCUCUGCUGGAGCGAUGGAAACUACACCUUCACAGAGAAGAACAUUUCCAAAACGUACAAUGUCCGGAAAUGUGAGCAUCUGUUUGUCAACGUGAAUCUGUCCGACCUGGCGGUGGGUCUGAUUCUGCUAGCUCUCGCCUUGCUGGUGCUCUGCUGCUGCCUGGUUCUGAUCGUUAAGCUGCUUAACUCCAUGCUGAAGGGACAGGUGGCUGCAGUCAUCAAGAAGAUCCUCAACACGGAUUUCCCUUUUCCAUUCGGUUGGGUCAUAGGGUACGUGGCCAUUUUAGUUGGAGCUGGAAUGACUUUCAUUGUGCAGAGCAGUUCGGUUUUCACAUCGGCCAUUACUCCACUUGUUGGUAUCGGCGUCAUCAGCAUAGAAAGAGCGUACCCGUUGUCUCUGGGUUCAAAUAUUGGAACAACGACCACAGCCAUCCUGGCAGCCAUGGCAAGUCCAGGAGACACGUUGGCUAACGCUCUACAGAUUGCCCUGGUGCACUUCCUGUUCAACAUCUCGGGCAUCAUUCUGUGGUAUCCAAUCCCCUUCACCCGCCUCCCCAUCCGGCUGGCCAAAGGCCUGGGCAACAUCACGGCCUCGUACCGCUGGUUCGCCGCCGUCUACAUCAUCUCCUUCUUCUUCGUCCUACCGCUGGUCAUCUUCAGCCUGUCGCUGGCUGGCUGGGUGGUUCUGGUGGGCGUCGGUGCACCUCUGGUGAUCGCGUUGAUCACCAUCCUGGUGAUCAACGUCCUGCAGAAACGGAAGCCGGGGUGUCUGCCUGCAGCGUUGCGGUCCUGGGACUUCCUCCCCCUGUGGGCCCACUCGCUGGCUCCCUGGGACAAAGUGGUUGGUGUGUUUACCGCCAAAUGCUGCUGCUGCUGCAAAUGCUGCCAGCUGGCUGAUGACGAGGAGGAAACCGGAGAGACAGAAUCUUUGGAAAACAAUAAUACAUCUCUCACGGAGGUGUAUGAUAACCCUGCAAUGAGUGCAGAGAAGGAGGUGGAAAAUCAGAUCAAUGUAGACCUAAAGACUUUCAAAAUGACGCAUUUCUGAGAUCUGAUAUAUAUAUAUAUAUAUAUAUACUUGUAACAUGUGUGACUCUUUGUGUAUAGUUCAAAGAAGUGCAUCGGUCAAAGGACAAGGACCAAACACAUUUAGGCAAAACUCUGAAAAAUAUUAUGUCUUUAAUAUUCAUGUUUUUGCUUUAAUAUAAGAUGGAAAAUGGUUAUGGAGGAAAUUUCAACUAUGGAGGUAAAGGAAAAUAAAAUAAUAUGCUAGAAAGGGUUGGUUCACUCAAGUGACCUUGAAAGGACAGGGAUGGUGACCUCAAUACUUUUUGAGUUUCCAAACCUUUUAGCAGCGGGACACUGUCAUUUGAGGAACAAAUGACUCAAACAGAAGUAAAUAGAGCUUUGGGCUUGGAGUACAAAUGUUUGGCAUCAAAAGGCCCGCAACAGACAGAAGUUAAUUAAUACUAAACUUGUAUCCAAGUCUUCAGCCUAACCACAGGACAAGUGUGAAGAUGGAAGAUUCCUCGAGAUAAGAUUCCUUUUGUCUAGUUAGAUAUUAUUUAUUCAUGGUUACCGGCUUAACCAAUUCUAAGAAAAUCUUGUUUGAAUGUAGGUCUUUGGGAACAAGGCCGGGGCAGAGACAAGGGACGUCUUGUUCUUACAGUGUAUAAAAGACACAUUGAGAUCCUCAACACAUCGUUUUAAGGUGUAAAAUAUAUUUUGUAAUUGAGACGGAUAAUUGUAUUCAAGGAAUAUGUCAAUUGUAAUUAGAAGAAUUGUGUUUCUAAUUGAAUGUUAUUAACUUAAUGUAAAUGUUGAGUUGUAUAUUUUGUCUACAUAAGAAUGCUUUAGAAACAAAUGAUUCAAAAUAAUGAUGCCUGAAUAAAAGAAUGACUAGAACUUU